UUUUCCGGUCAAAGGGGAAUUCAUGCACUUCACGAUUCAUUAGGAAGAAAAAAAAAACAGUCCAGACUAAUUGCAGGAUUGUGAAGACGUCAAACUGUUCAAAGUACUGUGCCUGGAAGUCAAUGUUAUGCACAAAACUGGGUCAACCUGUCAUGACUAAGCUGUGGCCGAGAACACACUCAAGGUGAAGUGACAGAAUGCUAUUCUGAAGCUGUCCACUUAUCAGGAAUCCCCAACAAAAUGUGAUUGCACCCAACAAACGUUCUGAAGGAAUGUUACUGUAUAUUUGAGAAGACCUCCAUUGUCGAGGCUAAGAUGUUGAAGACAGAGGCCUCGGCAGAGAGGAAUACCCUGAGGAGCGCUUCCCCGCACCGAAAUGCCUACAGGGCGGAGUUCCAGGCUCUAAAGAAGGCGUUUGACCAACCGAGACAGGAUGGAGACCCCAAACACAAGGACCCGGAGGGCGUCAGGCAGCCUCGAGGGCGGCAAUACGGGGCCCAUGUCAGUCGCAUCAAGAACAUGUUCAUGCAGAUGGGGACCGAGAACACUGGGUCCAGCAGACGGUCGAGGGAUGAGACCUCCCCACAGAAACUCAACAAGCCAACAAACUUCAUCAACAGGGCGGAUGGGUCUGUGGUCAAGUUCCAGCAUGGCAAUGGAGAGCGGACUGCCGCUGGCCAACAUAACUCAAAGUUCUCCGAAACAAGGAAACUCUUUGAGCAGAGCUCCAGAGAUGCCUCACAGUCGCCUGUGUAUUCGUACGGCCGGGACAAGAGAGGUUCUCACGAGCAUUUGGAUGACUGGCGGGGGGCGCGUUCAAACCGAGGCAGUACGGACUCUUUAGACAGUCUUUGCUCCAGGACAGAGGCCUCAUCUCCCACUGUGAGUCAGCUCAGUGCUGUGUUCGAAAAUAUAGACCAACAGGGCUCCGGUGCUACGUUCAAAAGAGGCCACGGAAGUGGAAGAGGGCUGUACUCCCCAGAUGGCUUACAGAAACAUGGAGAGGCCAGCGAGGACGACGCAAGUGCGCGACAGUCUCCGUCACGUGGUUUUUACAGGACGCGAGUGGGUAGCAAGCACAAUCUGCCGGUUUCUUCAUCUUCUGAAGAUCUUCUCAGUCCUAGUCCUCUGCCGGAGGCCGUGGACCAGGUGAAACCUGAUGACAAGAAGUCCCAGGAAACCUCUGAGGUGGUUGAUGGAUCCAGUGAACCCAAACCAAAUGAUGAGGUAAACUCAACCAAGGCUGUAGACGGUUCUUCAUCUGCGGCUGAAGUCAGUGACACUGCAGGAAAUUCACAUGAGGCUACGGCUACCAAGGUACACGAGGACACAGACGGUCAUGUGAAAGAGGAGUCUAGCCGGAUUACAGAGGAUCAAACUGAAGAACCCAAUGAGGAAUACUGUGGCAAUGAGAGAGUUAUUUUCAAUGCCGAUGGAGAUGCUUGCUACCAGGGCUGGGGGGAGAGCUGCACCGACCCAGAGGAUGACCUAUAUGAUGACGAUCUUUCCUAUGACCCAGGAUCAGAGAUUACAGAGAUUCCCGGGCUUCCAGAGGAGGAAAAGGAGGAUAUUCCACAAAAACGGAAAAUUCGAUUCAGCUCUGCUCCCAUAAAAGUGUUCAAAACCUACUGCAAUGAAGAUUAUGACAGGAGGAAUGAAGAGGUGGACCCGGUGGCAUCCUCAGCUGAGUAUGAGCUGGAGAAACGGGUGGAGAAGCUGGAACUUCUCCCUGUGGAACUGGAAAAAGAUGACGACGGCCUGGGCAUCAGUAUUAUAGGAAUGGGGGUCGGCGCUGACGCAGGCUUAGAGAAGCUGGGCAUCUUCGUCAAGACUGUCAUAGAGGGUGGAGCAGCAGAGAGAGAUGGAAGAAUUAAAGUGAAUGAUCAAAUCGUGGAGGUUGACGGCACCAGUCUGGUGGGAGUAACUCAGAGCUUCGCUGCUUCUGUCCUAAGAAACACACAAGGAGUGGUCAGGUUUGUGAUUGGCCGGGAGCGUCCAGGGCAGCAGAGCGAGGUGGCUCAACUCAUCAGUCAGACUCUGGAGCAGGAGAGACGUCAGAGAGAGAUGAUGGAGCAACAGUACGCCCAGUAUGAUGCUGAUGAUGACGAGACAGGGGAGUACGCCACGGAUGAGGAGGAGGAGGCGGGCCAGACAGGAACAGACAGAGAUGUGGCCAUUGAGGUUUUCGAUUUACCCGAAAACGAGGACAUCAUCUCGCCAUCAGAACUGGACGCCACCAAACUUUAUCAGAAGUUUCGAGAGCUGCAGAUUAAACACACUGUCACUGAAGCUGAGAUUCAGAAACUCAAGAACAAGCUGGCCGCGGUGGAAAAAGAGAAGUCACGGUGGGAGAGAGAGAAGACGCAGCUCAAGCAAAGCAUUGAGGACAAUAAGGAGAGGAUGCUAAAACUGGAGAGUUAUUGGAUCGAGGCUCAGACGCUGUGCCAUACGGUCAACGAGCAUCUGAAGGAGGCCCAAAGUCAGUAUCAGGCCCUGGAAAAGAAGUACAACAAGGCCAAGAAGCUCAUUAAGGACUUCCAGCAGAGAGAGAUGGAGUUUGCUCAGAGGGAGGAUGCAGAGAAGAAGAGGCUGGAGGAGGCGGAAAAGGCUCAUUUGGCUGAAAUCCAGAGUCUUCAAGUUAGGAUUGCUACUCUGGAGUCAGAGCUAAUGCAGCUGAUGAAGCAAAAUGGCAUCCAGGUAAACAAUAACAACAACAGUGCUGAGAGCCGAGCCCAGCUGACUGAAAGACUGACGGCCUUACAGUGUCCAAGGAGAAGUGUUGCUGGAGGGGAACUGGGUGAGCUGACGGGAACCAGCGGAACUCACCCUGAGAGAAACGAUAGGGGCUCUGGGCCUCAAUCCUCCAGGGUGGCCGGUGCCACAGAGGCCAGGCUCAGGCACCCGCAGCCUCAGCAGGGACCUGAUAAUGAGGGCUCUUCAGCAAGUCGAGAUGAGAAAUCUGGCAAAAAACUACUAGACUUGGGAUCUUCUCUGAGGAAAACUAAAGGGAAAGAGCAGGAUCUGAAAGGAUCUUCUGGCAAAAGCUCCACAGAACCUUCAGGAGAGAACAGCCCUGAAAGAUGCAAGAGCAAGAAGUCUUUUUCCUGGCCACGCCUCCUUUCCUAUUCAUAUUAUGUGGGUCCUGGUGUCACUGAUGACAUCAGCCUCAGCAGCACUAGCUCCACAGAGAUCAGUGGCGUCUUGACUGACGCCAAGAUGUCCGGCCGAUCGCAUACGCUAAUGCUCUCCUCAGAUGAGAGUGUGGAUAUGAUUGAAGAUGAGAUUCUAGAUGACGGUCCUCCUCCGAAGCCGUACCAGUGGCAGAACCGUAGUGUGACUGAAUGGACGUGUCAACAGGUGUCAUGCUGGCUCAUGGGUCUGAACCUGGAACAGUAUGUCUCUCUUUUCACUGCCAAGAAUGUAGAUGGAGAACAGCUACUGAAACUGGACAGCACAGCACUCAAGGCUCUGGGUGUAGAGUCCUCUCAGGAUCGGGCUCUGAUUAAGAAAAAGCUGAAGGAUCUGAAGGUGUUGAUGGAAAAAGCGCGAAAAAACAGAGAGAAAAUGGACAAACAGCGCAAAAAGGAACUGGAGCAGGUCCGGAAAAAUAGCAACUCCUCCGGACCAGGAGAGGGCGCUACUGAAUGACAUUACUCACCGCACUACUAUCUCACCAUUAUAAGUACAGAUGAGUUCAGCAUUUCACGGAACUGAGAGUUCAUUGCAAAAGGGGCUAUUGAGCUGCCAUUGGAUGAAUUGAAACCAAAAUUUCCAGAUAUGGAUUUUGUUAUUUUUACCGAACAAUAUUCAGGUUUUUUUUUUUUCGUUUUAGCAGAAUGAUCACUGCUUUUUUGGUUUCCUAUAUUUUAUGUCUGAUUAAUAUCUAUUUAUUUGCAUAUGGAGAAUAUGUAUAUAUUGAACCAGAGCAUAUCAGCUCAUAACUCAUCCAUGACAGUUAAAAUCUCUGCAUUACAAGCACCUUUAGACAAUGUACAUAUGCAGAAAGCAUAUACAUGAAUAUGUCUAACGUGCCAUUUUUCUAUCAAAAGCAGGAUAGUUUGUUCAAGGAACGCGGAAAGUUUUUAAUACGCUGGCUUUGACAAAGCACAGGUCAUAGAGAUGGACAGUGUCGCUGUCGAGUGUCUCUUCACCUCAAAGAGUUUGAGUGCUGCUCCCAAGAACCACUACAGUCUGAUUCACUGGCAAACACAAACCUUACUGUGAGAAGAAAGCCAUUCCGGGUAAUGAGAUAUUACGGACCCUCAAUGUGGAUAUUUCACUGUAUACUUUCAACCUCCUGUUUGGAUCUCCUUCAUCGACCUGCCAGUAUUCGAGAUGAAUACAACUGUCGUGUAUGUUCUUCUCCGAGCUUGAAUCCUCCGAAUGAUCUUUGGAAGAAAAAUGGUGGCAGUGGGAUACUAAAUGUUUUCAGGAGCCUGCCAUUUUAAACUCUUCUCCAAAGAUGCAAGACUUAUAUUCCAAAAAAAAAAAAAAAGCAAGAAAAAAGACCCUUUGCUGCUUCUGUUUCACAGCUACCUGCUUCUAGCCCUCUCCAUCGCCCUGAGCUAGAUUCUCAGUUAGACCCAAGUGCUGCCUUUUGAAGUGCUGUUUAGAUUUUUAGUUGAUUUUUUAUGGUUUGAGGUUACAGUCUGGAUCACACCAGAUUGUGUGAAUGCACCUCUGUUUUACCAGUUGUAGAGCAGAUGACAAAUGUGCACUUAAAAUGGACCUAUUUAUGUACAGUACACUACCAUUCAAAAGUUUGGGGUCAGUAGGAUUUCUAAAAGAAAUGAAUGCUUUUACUCAGCAAGGUUGCGUUAAACUGAUCAAAAUUGACAGUAAGGACAUUUAAAAUAUUUUAUACGGGGCCACUGAAUGCUUGAAUCUGACUGGCUGACGAAGGUUUCUAAGGUGUGCAGUUAUUUUUGGGGAAACGCACAGGCUCGGCGAACGUAGUUCCAGGUCGCUCUUGACGGCAUUAUAUGUCUAUCACUUUGCCACAUGAUUUGAAGUCCCCAUGAAAUCAAAAAUAAAUGUUUUUUGCUUUUAGUAUGAAUAUGUUAGCCUUAAGGUUAUCUAUAAACUAGUGUGCUUCAAAACAAGGACAUAAUUUGUGUUUACAAGAUAUAAGCAAUCAAAACUUACAGUCUCUCGCUUCCACCAAUAUGGAUCAACGGUUUUGAUGACAUCACGCUGCACUUCAGCUUCUCAUCAAACAUUCUGUCCAAUCAAAUGCUCUCUAGAAUCUGAAGCGUCCUGCCCCCGCAACUAUAAAUAGACGCUGAAGCUGAGGCUGAGAUCGGUCGCUUGUUUACAUUGUUAGUAUAUUCAGGGAAACGCACGGCGAAUGUAGUUCCAGGCAGCUCUUGACCUCAUUACAUAUCUAUAUCACUUCGCCACAUGAUUUCAGUUAUUUCAAAGGUCCUUAAGUUAACCGCCUAAAACAGCUAAGUAGCCCACAACGACACUGGCCAAAUAAAUAAAUACAGUAAUUAACAGGAUAAAAACGACAGAUUAUUUACAUGUUUUGCCACAAAAUUACGUUUUAUUAUGUACGGAAAGCACAUAAUCUAUUUCUCCCACUCUCUCUCCCUUACAAACACACACACACACACUAUACAGUUUGCACACACUUUAACAUAGGCACUAAUGUUGUUAGCGCUGCUCUGACGAUUUGAUCAGUAACAGUUCAACAACUUAAAAAUAUAUUAAGUUUUAAAACUUAGUAUUUUAAAUUGUAAUAUUUCACAGUAGUAUUGUUUUAUUCUGUUUGUGGUCAAAUGCAGCCUUGGUGAGCAUAAGAGAUUUACUGACCCCAGACUUUUAAAAAGUAGUGUAUGUUAUUCCAUCAGGCUAGGUUUUAUUCAGUUUGAUCCCGUUUUCUUUUUUUAUCAGUUAUUUGUCACAUUCACAAAGAAAGCACCAUGAUGUAGUAAAUAAGUAUUUUGUAAUGUCAUUUACUGCAUAGACUAACCAGUAUCGCCUCUAUCGGUUUAUCUUGGUUGUACUUUUAAAUUUAUGCAACACAUUUCCCAUAUGUAUCGACUGUAAGUAUACAAAACACAGUAGCCUACAGAUAUCGUUUUGCAUUUCAGAAUCCACUUUGAUGAGUCAAAUUAACCCUGUUUAACCCACAUUCUAUUCACUGCCCAAAUUUAUAUGUUCGUAUCACAUUUAUCUAAAUUCUGCAUUCUUGUAAACAUGCUGUUUUCCCAUCCUUGAUGAUACAUAUUGUUCAAGUUUACAUUUGAAUUUCGGAUUAUUUCCAUAAGCAACACGAAGGCAGCUUCAGUGGUACUUGGGCACUGUACAGAGGACAUUAGGCAGUGCCUUUUGACCCUGUGGAUUUAUUACAAGCACUCAAAUGUGACCAUUUAAGAAUAUAUUAUUGCUAAUUACUGAAUUAUUAUUUAUCUCUAAUAAUUUUAAGUCUGUCAUAGUCUAUUUAUUUUUUUGUUCCCAAUCGAAAUGUUUGUAAAUCAGUUCACAGUAUUUAUUUACAAAGCAAAAAUUAUUACCAAAAAACUUUAAUCAACAAGUCUGAGAAUUAGGAGAUUGUAUGUUCGUUCAUUAACUCACAAUGCUCUUGUGAACAUAUCUUUAUUAUUGUAAUUGCAAUAAGACGCUCGUCUUAACAUUACGAAAUCCUUUCUAGCCCUCUGCUAUGAAUCAGCUGAAAACAUAACCUGCUGUAGAUCCAAAUCUAACCUGCCUAUCCAUUUACGAUAUACUGACUUUUGUAUGUGAAAGUUAAGCAAUAGCUUUUAUUCCCAGUGUUUUUUUUAAUCGAUUCCAUGAGGAGACCGAAGACCGGGUCUGUCUGUUUGAAUGUGUCUGUGUGCAGGGAUAAUCACGUACGGAUCUAAGGACAGAAGUGUGGUUCUCUAUCAUGGGUUAUUUGUUGUUUUCACUCUAUAUGGCAGAGUCAGUCAGGGUAUAUAGAGGAACUGCACGCAACGCCUGAGAAAAGAGCAUUAACCUGUGUAUUUUUGUUCGUCAUACCCGCAUGAGGGACCUCAAUGUGCCAUACCCAUUCUUUCCAAGACUACUAAAUUCUAUCCUUUAUUUUUGUUCAUGGAAAAUUAAAAGCCUUGUGAAAGUUUGUCAUGUUGGACUGUAAAUACACUUCAAAUGACAUAUUUGGUCAGAGAAAUACAAUGAAUGAU